UGACUGCUGUACUUUUACGUCAAAACAUCACAUCAGAAGUGACGUUUACAGAUUUUCAUGUUGGUGAUAUAAAUUUGCGAAAAAUUCGCCACGCAGUAUGGGAGAUGCAUCAGCUUCUGAAACGGAAUCCCCCAAACCUAGCCCACAACACAAUGAUCUUCCAACAGCGGACCGGCGCCCAUUUGGCGGCCUGGAAUUUCAAGUUUCCGAAGUAGUUGGACGGCUGGAAGCUGGGGUCAAUGCCCAAGAGACGCCGGAAGAUGAGAAGAAGCGAGAGCAUCGCAAAAUCAGUGCCGGUUUCUUCGAGCCGGAAGAGACAGCAAUGGACGAAAUUUUGAAGGUUUUGGAGGAAUUGGUAGUGAAGACUGAUCCUAAUUGUGAAAGUAUGGAGCCGCCGUUGCUGCCGACGGACGCAACGACCCGUGCGGCCAUACUAUCACAUAGUAUUUCGGCUUUGUUUGGACGCCUCGAGAGAUCCCAUGCCGCCCGUUUGGGCGCGCAUAUUGCUACCGAAACUACGCGCUGGAUGGCCCACAUGUUCAGAUUAGUAAAUUACAAUGCAUAUUACCAUCAAGAGCAGCUGGAGGGACUUGUGCGAGUCACACGGAUGUUACUGCAUCACAGAUACCCUCAUUACUUAGAAGAUGGUGCAUUGGCAUUACUAAAUCGGUUGCCUUGCAUAUACAGCUGUGUUGCGAGCCCCCUUGGUGUAGUUCAACAUCUAUGUAGGCAGCUCGGACUGCCAUUGGCUUGUGUGAAACCUGUGCCAGUACACUCAUCAGGUCGCGGUAUGGACAUAGAAGCUCUAGAAAGGAUAUGCGAUGAGGACUCGGCCGCGAAUCGCAUUCCACUUCUGGUGUUGGGCGAGGUCGGCGCGCCGCCGCUGGGCUGGGGCUCCCCGGUCGCGGCGCUCGCGCAGAUCUGCCUCAAGCGGAACCUGCACCUGCACCUGAGUGGCCAUGCGUUGGCGCUGCCACCUGUUAUGGCCAGGGACGAGACAUUCAAUUUAGCAGAUUCGUUGACGCUAACGCCUGGACCAUGGUUUGGUGUUCCAGGAUUACCUACUGUUACAUUUUUCAAAAUACCAGAACCAAUCACAGCUAAUGACCAAUCGAAAGGCGUGAGUGCUGUGGGUAGCAGCAGCAGAGAAGGCGCCCUGGCGGCGCUGGCGGGGCUGGCGGGCGGCGGCGGCCGGCUGCCCGCGCUGCCGCUGUGGACGUGCGUGCGCUCCGCCGGCGCACGCGCGCUCUCGCAGCGCCUCAUUGCUGCGUUCAGGUCCGCGAGGGCUGUUUAUACUGUGGUGUCCAACAUGCAGCUUAGGUUACUGAGCGAACGACCGGGAGGCGAUGAGCCCCUUACUGUAGAUAUAGUGGAAGCAAUAAGCCACGCGUCAGCCUGCGUAGCAUUCCAGUUCGCGCCUCCUGGAACCGAGAAACCACCACCGUACUACGAUAAACUUAACUCGUGGUUGGGACAAGUGCUGCAAAGAGAGGCUGAUAUGAUAAGCAUAGAAGUGUGCGAGACAGAAGCGCACGGAGUGGUGCUCCGCUACUGCCCGCUGGAGGGCGCGCAGCUGGCGCAAGAGCCGUGGGCGGGCGCGCUGGAGACGCAGCUGCACGUGCUGCGCGCCACUGUGGCGCUGCGGGAGCCCUUCCACUCGGGGCUGCGCGACCGGCCGGCCUUGAGGCUGGUCCAUGUUCCCGGGUGGGCAGGUCUCGGUGGUGUCCGUUACACACCUCCGGGAUGGGAGGACGCCUCGCCCGAGGAGAUAAACAAUUUGAACAGACAAUUAGUGGAGACCCUCAGAGCAACAGACGGGGCAUUUUCGUGUGGGGACGGAGAAGACGGAAUGGCGUGUGUCAGAUUCGGUAUGGUGACGGCCGAUACGGACGUAGAUGAGCUCCUGGACCUGGUUAUGUCUGCUGGCAAGGAGGUCGAAGAGAGCUCUAGGGCUCUGACUAAUAUGACUGAGGUUCUUAAGAAAGGCAUCGAAGCGGCGCAAGCGGACAUCGAGCGAGAGAACGCUGAACGUCUAUGGCAGGAAGGGCUGUUGCGUCGAAUGCCAGUAGUUGGUCGAGUGGUGGACUGGUGGUCGCCCGCCAACGUGCCAGUGACCGCUGGACGGCGGCUGCACUUGGCUGUGGGCACCUUGCAGACCACUGAUGAUGUUAUCAGACACGUCCAAGAGAAGAACAAGCAGAAACAAAUUGAGUCCGAACCGGCGCGGGCGCACUCCCCCAGCAGAGCGGAGCAGUGACGUCACAAUUCUGUAUGUACCGUUACCACGGAAUUACGAAUUGAGGCAUAGAAAUGUCCAAUCUUUUCGUCGGUUCAAUUUUUUUUUUACACUGUAAACAUAAACAUUUUUAUAAAAUUCAUCAAGGCGACCUCUGUCGAGUCUCAUGCAAAUAAGGCCUUUCUAUUUCGUGUAUUUCGAUUUCUGUGAUUAUUGCGCUAAGUUUGUUAAAUGUACGCGAUUCCGAUACCAUUAUUAAAUCUAAUAAUUGUUUUGGAUCAAUGUUUGAUCGGAUUUCGGCUCGGCCGUUUAUUGGAGUAUUCGUUAAUGAAUUUUAAAAAUUAAUCAAAUUUAACAGAGUACAGAGGUGCGAGAGAUUAGCAACAAAAGGAAUACAGAGAGUUCUCUCCGAUUCCGUUUAUCGUCUGCCAACACGCCUCUGCACCCACCGCUCCCACCCGGCUUGGUGACGUUCAUUGAAAAGUGAGCUCUAAAUCGUCCUCUGUAGACACAUAUUGCAUUGGCAUCAAAUUAGCAGACAGCUCGCUGUCAGCUCUCGUGUUGUCAAUGUAAAGUAUGUCUACAGAGCACGAUAUAAAGCUCACUUUUCAAUGAACGUCAUCUUGCCGGGUGGGAGCGGUGCGGUAAAAGUGUGUUAAGCUUUUAGUAGCAAAUGGACCAAUAGCGAUGAGGCAUAUACUGAUUUAUCACAAUAAUAUGCAUUUUAUUUUUUGUAUUUUUUUAAAUUUCAUAUCAAAGUGUCGCAUAUAUCGAUCUAAUAAUAAAUCUCAUCAAACAUUGGAUAUUAUGAAGUUUUAAAAUACACAUUAAAAUUAAAACUAAAAAUUCGAACUUCGCAACAGUUUUAAUAAUGCCGUCAACAAAGGUCAUUGGACUGACAAAGUUUCGUUUUUAUUUCAAUUAGCAGAAUAUAAAGGCUAGUUUAAAUGAAUUCGUAAUCAAAAUAUAAUGUUUCUAACAAUGUAAUAUGUAAUUUAUAUAUUGAGCAAUGCUACAUCUUGUUAGACUUUUGUACAAAAAACUGUAGAACAGUGAUUUUAUUAAUAAUGCACUGAUAAAAAAAAAAAAACCAGAGCGAAGGAAAGCAUACAUACUCUGCUUAGAGAAGACUGACAAAUGUAAGUCAUUCACCCUAAACCAAUGUACUAACCAUAGACCGAGAAAACUAGAUAAGUGGCGUCCGUAGCCACAUGAGAUAGAACUAUUUAAUUUUACGUCUUAUCGGUACAACGCGAUAGGCUGGACCUAGUGAAAAAGUACGCGAUAUAGGACACUUUAUCCGAUUUCUCGUGUAUUUAUAGUACGCGUCUCUCAUAUGAGCGAAAUGGAAGAAUAUGAUAUAGUUUUCUCUGUCUGUUGUAGCGUAUACUAACCAACGUGCGCCAAUUUAGUGUCUACCUGGUACAUUCUAAAUGUGGGUUAUAGGAGUAUUUGUAUAGGUGCAUUCGUUUUAAUAUAUUACGUAAGAGAGCGUUGCACUAGUCAACUUUAACGUUAAUAUUAACUUGCGCACGACAACACAAGGUUCGCCAUGUAUGUAAUGUAGCGUAAGGUUAAAGUUAACGUCAAAGUUGACCGGUGCAACUGACUAUAUAGAGAAUAAAAAUAAAAAUAAGCUGUAUAAAAAUUAGCAAAUUAGCUUUUUUACUUUGGUUAAGCUAUGAAUUUCAUGUUAUGGGAACAUAACGGAGGUGACUGAUCCGUAAUGGCUGGUUUACACAACUAAAAUUUGUUUGUUAAUCGAUGCUAAUUUUUAACUGAAAUGAUAAAUGGAAUAUUUAUAAAUUUAUUGUUUCAGUUAAAAUUUGGUUGGCUACUAAAUUUACUUGUUUGUCAGUUCAUUUGUGAGGCAUAGAAAACCCAUAGACUUAGAAGAAAAACAUUUUUCAUUUUAUUUUUACUUUAUGGGGAAACCCUUAACAAAACCGUAUAAAAACUACCAACUUACACCUUCAUAUGAAAGUAAUUUUAAUGUCCAAACAUGUCAUUGAUUUUUUAUCGGGUAGUUACUUUGCAGCAGGUAGUUACAUCAAUGAUUGUUUCUGUAAUAAAGUAGGUUGUAAAAGUAAUGUACAGUCAACAGCACAUCAAGUUACCCUGCAUGAACCUCUAUGGCGGCGUAAUAGCGGCGAGAUUACAAUGAAUUUGGGAAGGUUGAUGUGCAGAGGGCAAAGUGCGGGUUUGCAUUUCACUUCUCACCAUCGAAUCGAUUCGAAGUGAGAUGCAGCGAACCAAUCACAUUGCGGUACGGUUGUCGUUGCGUCACGAUAGCACACUGUGAUUGGUUGGCUGCGUCGGUUGGCUGCGUCUCACUGCGAGUCGACUCGAUGGUUAGAUGUAAAUAGCAAAGUCACACUACGCACACUGUUGUACACGAUAGUUUAUAGACUGGUCCAGUAGUUGACAGUAGAGUAUGUGAAUUGCAAUAAUAUUUUCAUACUUAUAUCUAAUAACGUCAUUUGCCGAUAGCUGUUUGAUGGUUGCAUAUUACCUUAUACUGUCUAUUCCCCGUUUCCGUGGGAGUUUUAAUUUUUUUUUUUAUAAUUUAGGUACCAUUUUAGAAGAUAUUUAAUUCGGACAUUUUGAAGUAACAUGAUAAGGGAAUUCCUCCAAGUCGAUUUUCUAAUUUCGUAGUAAAACUUAACGAGCAAGUGAGCGUAAAAUCUCAGGGGGUUCCAUCAUGACAUCCACCAAAUUUCAGCUUUGGCGUCCAGUAGUUUCGGCUGUGCGUUGUCUGUCGGUAAACUACGCAAGAGUUAUAUUGAUUCUCCAAAGGUCGCUAUGAGAGAAAGUGCAUAUUUAUAUGAGACAACUGAUCUAUCGGCAAAUAAUGGAAUUGGAUUUAAUUUAUAUUUCAGUAUAAGUAGAGUAGAUGUUGAUUCAGUGGUGUAAGUUUGAAUUAAAAAAUAAGGCUGUAGCUAGUGUGUAGUAGUGUAAUAAGUGCUAUUGUAGCCUUUUUUUAAAAAUUUAAUUUGAAACUUACACCAAAGAAUGUAAAACUAAUGUUUUACAUUUUAGUUUUAAUAUAAAUGUGUAACCAAAUAAAUGUGACAUUAUAGUUAUUAAUUACAUGAUGAAAUCCAUUAUAAUUUCGACCGAAAGGUGAUAGUUUUUCAGAAUUUUCAAGGAAUAUAUUUAAACCAUAAAAUUGUGUAUAAAUUGAAUACUUCACAAUUGUGCUGUGAAAUUUCUACGCGCAUUCAGUUUUAAUUAGACAUUUUAUUGUUUGGUCAACAAGAGACUUCAUUACAUACCAGUAUUUUAAGAUAAAUUGUAUGAUUCAUUAUUUUAAUAUCACAAGUUAAUUUGUACACAAAGUAAACUUUAAAGCACACGGUGCGAGUUAAUCAUAUUUUAAGGUAUUCUUUAAAUAAUUUCGUUCUCGGUGACAGGUUCUCGGUUUUCAAAAUGUUUUCCUUGUCUUUCAUGUUUUAUUUUAAUGCGGCAAUACAUCAGUUUCCUAAGAAUUCAAAUGCUUUUAAUUUUUUUUAUAUAAAGUAUUAUUUGUCACCUUUAAUUUGUCAUAAAAUUCAACAUCUUCAAAUGAAUUUAAAUGUCAUGAUAUUUAUUUAUAAAUAUCUCGAAUGUAUUAAACAAUAGAUGCCAAGUGCUUAUCAUCUAGAGUGAUUAAUGUGUGGUACAAAUUUAUUUAUACAUAAUUGUAUUAAGUUUUUAUCAUUCAUCUUUUCAUGACAUUAAAUGAUAAACAAAAGAAGUAUAAUUGUUAAGUCUGUAGAGUCAUCUGUCUUGCAAAGGGUGUUGGUAUAAGUUUACAUGAUUUCCAUAAGGAAUUAUAAGUCGUUUUAGAUUUACACUAAGUAUGUAAUUCUGUCAACACCAAUUGAUUGAACUAUUACUAAUAUUCUGAUUGUAACUGAAUUUUUUUUCAAUAUUUUGUUUGACGCUAAUGUUUUGUUAAAAUUGUAAAUAAAGCCUGGAAUUUUGGAUUCAUAAACUACCCAAGGAAGACUUUUGAGAAUGUAUAAAUGAAAUAUUUGAAUUACGAAGUUCAAUCGUUAUGGCAUAGUAACAGCCCUGUUAUUUUAUUGCAUGUCGUAACAUUAGCAAAAUUAAUUAACUGCAGCAUGUAUUUAAAAUGUAAUAAUUUUAAUUAUUUAACUAUCACACUAAAACGUAAUUGAAAUAUUAUUAUAAGUUAUUGAAUGAUUGAUUCUAAAUAAAGUUAUAUGAUGUUAUAAAAUAA